AUGCCGGACCAGCAGAAGAUCGCAGUUUAUUCCGUCCCCGACCUCAAGAACACCACGGACGAUGCACUGCCCAAUUACCUGAACUCCCUGAAGUUCCGCCAAUCCCACCGGUUCACUGAUGUGCGCCUCGCUCUCGGCUACACGGCUGUCAUCAUCGCCGGCGCUCUCUUCUACUUCGACUACAAGUUCGGCUGGGACGCAACAAAGGCAUACACAGGCCCGGCUGUGCUGGCAUACUUCGCUUUGAAUAGCGCUUUCAUGUACUGGAUGUACUUUGUGGAGAAGGGCAUGGUGUACUCGGGCGAGAAGGAUGGCAUGAAGCUGGAGAUUGCUUCGCGAGUCGAGAAGAACAUGCCAAUCUACCACUUGACCGUUCGCUUCGCUUCGGGGGAUAAGAAGAAUGCCAAGAACAACCUCUGGCAGGAGAUCCACCUCCAAGCCCCCUUCACGAACUGGUUCACGACCGACGGCUACUUCGCCACCAAGCCUUUCCAGCAGUUCAUCGCGUCCGAGAUCCCGAUCGUCGGGGCAGCGGAUCCAAACAACGUGGUCGAGGAGAUUGGUCGGGGUUCCGGCGCCAACGAGAUGCGCGUGGACGGCGGCAACGUGCAGGAUGUGCUCAGCCAGCUGAAGGCGGCCGGCGCCAACGCGAGGAGGAGGGGCUGA